AUGGCAGACGCAUUGCAUCUCCCAUUUGAAUUCGACGAUAAUGAUGGAUUGGGUCCCUGGGAUGUUAUGUUAAGUGAAGGUGCAAUUAGGGACAUACGAAAAUUGAAAUCAUCAACUGUCAUAAACGCAGUUGUAAAAAAAUUGGGCCAAAUAUCAUCAGGUGCUUGGGAUAAGCGCGGACUUAGACGUAUUUCCUCAUUGCACACCACCAAUCCUGUCUAUGAAAUAGUCAUUAAUAAUGACGGUCUUAAAAUUCUUUGGCAAGUUGACUGCGACUUUUCCACGCGUAGCCAUACGAUUACACAACUUGUAAAAAUAUGGGCGAUUAGCGCAGACGAUGAGAUAAUUAAGAAGACAUUGGAUAGUCUCGCGAUACUUCACUUAGUUUAUACUGCCGAGCAUAAUCGUCUUUGUGUAGUUCGCCAGGCAAUAAAUGGUAUUAUUUCACCAUGUAUCAUUGAAGGUAAUGACAGAACAAAAUCUGUAACCGACAUACCAUACGGGUCCCCGAUAAGCGGGGAGAACCUUCUAGAGGUUCACAAAAUGCUUGUAACGAAUAAGUUUGUUCCAUUAUCGAAGAGCUUGUUUAAAUCUCUUAUUACGGGCGGAGCAGAGUUCACUUUUCAGGUAUCGAAAACGGAAUAUGAAAUUAUCCAAAAUCGUACAUCAACUAUCAUUAUCGGUCGAUCUGGGACCGGGAAAACCACUUGCAUAGUGUUUCGCUUAGUCUCAUCAUGUUUACCAGAUUAUCCCAGUAACUUGGACAAUGAAAAAAGUCCUCGUAAGAAUCAAAUAUUCAUCACAUUAAGUUCCAAUCUGUGUCUUCGGGUUAAGAAUUAUUUCAAACGGCUGAAAGAUUCCGUGGAAUUAGCCGGGAGAGAACUUUCUGAAUCACAAUUUGCUGAAUUUAUAAAAAAGAAAGAGGAUGGUAUCGAUGUCAUUACUAAUGACACAAAGCACAAAGAUGAAGACAUUCCAAAAUCAUUCCGUCAAUUGACGGGUGACCAUUUUCCAUUGUUUAUGACCUACGACACUUUCGCUCAAAUGUUACAAGCGACGUAUGGGAUUGAUUUUCAAGAAUCGAUCACAGGAUUAGAACUUGAAGAAGAUGAUGACGAGUUCUGCAGAGGGUCUUCCUUUACUAGGAAAUCUAAAGCAGCGUGGGUGCACCACGUUGACUUUAAGCUCUUUCAGAAAAAGUAUUGGCCUCAUUUCAGCACACACGAACUAGAUUGUUGGAUGGUAUUUUCCGAGAUCUCUGUCAUAAAGGGUACCAACCCUGAAGGGGUCUUUUUGUCGAGGGAAGAUUACCGAAACAUUAGCACAAAAAAAUACCCAGCUUUUCGCUAUAACCGCGAUUCCGUUUACGAUUUAUUUGAACAGUACGAAAAGAUAAAAACACGGUUUCAUGAUUACGACUCCAUCGAUCGAACAAUAGCUGUUUUGCGUCGUGCCAAAAUGGAACAACUUGGUUGUUUCCCCGUCCACGAACUGUACAUCGAUGAAUGCCAGGAUAAUAGCAUAGUCGAUUUUGCACUCAUCCUAAAACUUUUCCAUCGUGCCGAAAGCGUUUUCGUGGCGGGAGAUAUAGCACAAUGUAUCGCACAAGGAUCUUCUUUUCGGUUCCAGGACAUAAGCGCGUUGCUUUAUCAAUGGGAAAUUGACCGAAGAGAAGAACAUCGUGAACCGUAUAAUGUAGCAAAACCAAAACAAUUUGAAUUAAAUAUUAACUAUCGUUCACAUGAUGGAAUAUUACAACUUGCAUCAUCAAUAAUUGACCUAAUUUGGCAUUUUUUCCCGGAUUCUAUCGACCGGUUACCGCGUGAACGCGGUGAAGUGGGCGGUCCACUGCCUCAUUUUUUUAGUGGGUUCCAGGAGACCCCUUUCAUUUUAAGUAUUUUCUCAAAUAAGGAAGGGGAAGAGAACAAAAUUGAAUUUGGAGCCGAACAAGUUAUUCUAGUCCGUAAUGAAAUAGUUAAACGCAAAUUAGAGAAGCUAGUCGGCGACAGAGGCAUAAUAAUGACAAUAUUCGAAUCAAAGGGGAUGGAAUUUAAUGAUGUGUUAUUGUAUAAUUUCUUCACAGACUCACCUGCGGGUUUGAAGUGGCGGCUAAUUCUUGCCGCAUUCGAUAAUUCUGCUAAGGGAAUUCCCGCAUAUGUCCACGAAAAACAUUAUAUUCUUUCUUCGGAGCUAAAACAUCUUUAUGUCGCGAUAACCAGAGCGCGGCAACGCAUUUGGAUAUGUGAUGCAAACGCCGACAAGAGCAAGCCAAUGCAAGAAUAUUGGGAACGUCUUGGCUUAAUAAAUAGAGUUCAACAAAUGGACAAAAUCGACUUGCAGGUACUUGCAAGGCAAAGUGAUGACAUCGAGUGGAAUAGGAAAGGAGACGAGUUUUUUGAACAAAAAAAAUUUGUCCAGGCUGCGUUCUGCUAUGAAAAGGGCAAAAAUAAAAAAGGUCAGAAGUUGGCCAAUGCACAUAAUCUUUGGCAGGAGGCCAGGGAACUCGCCAGAACGUCCAUAAAUGAUUCUAACGAGGACACUGUGAGGGAACGGUUUAAAAGUGCUGCCGAUGCUUUUAAUAAAUGUGACAAACCAACCGAGGAAGCUUCAUGUUAUGAGGAUUUUGAAAUGUUUAAAGAAGCUGGCGAUGUUUAUGCCAGAAAUAAUAUGAACUGCCUCGCUGCGAACCGUUAUUAUCAGGCGAAUAUGUGGGACGAGGCAGGAAACCACUUUGAAAAAGCGAAUAAAUACAUCAGAGCUGCUGAUGCGUACGAAAACAGUCGAAAUUAUUAUGCCAUAUUCGAAAUGACACGAAAGCAUAAAGCAGAUCUGGACAAGAAGACACUUAACGGCUUCAUAGCACGUGUCUAUAAACAUUAUCGUCACAAGGAAACGGACACGGCUGAAAAGGCGCUCGCUAUUAUUACUACAGUUGAUGAGCGAAUCAAUUUUCUAAAAGAGUAUAUACCUGAAGAUCUUCUCGACUUCUAUAUACGAGAGAAACUCUUCCACCGUGCAGCCGAACACCAAUACGCAUCUGGUAAAUUGAAAGAGGCCUCGGAUUAUUUUAUCAAAGCGGAAAAUGAUAAUGACAAUAUCGAAGCGCUGCAUUGUAUCUUGCAUUUGUGCAGUAUCAAUGUACUGAGGGAGACGAUGACGGAUAAUGCAAGUUCAAAUACUCGACAAGAGCUAUCGAAUUUGCUUGGCAAGACUAAGUUCAUUAUAGCACUUGAAUCACCAUCUUCAAAGACAUCCCCACAUUGGGCAAAUCUUCUGGAACAAGUUCGAUUAUAUUCAGCGUACUUGGAUCAAGACCUCAGCAAAAUUUAUGACUGCAUACAAUUCUUCAAAGCUCGCGAAAAUUGUGCAACAGAAUUUUGCGCAAUAAGUAUGUGGCUGAUUAUUCCACAUGAUAAUAUCCAAGCUGAAUACUGGCGUACGCGUUUACAGUUUUUAUUGAGGCUUUAUAGUUUGGCAAUCGAUUUUACUAAUUCUGUUACGCAAAGAAAAGAUUGUACGAUUUUCGAAGAUGUUUUUGCUGUAAGCAAACCAAAAGAUCGCCCGCUCAAACGUCAAAUCCUUUGUCAAAAUCUGCUUGUAGACAGAUUGCACGCCAAACAGAAUGAAACUCUUGGUGAUUGGCGCAUUUAUCGCAAAAAUGAUAUAGAUCGAGCAAUAGCACAGUCUCUUGUUAAUUAUGUCUAUGAGCUUAUCGGGCGCGCUGGCGAUAAAGGUAGCGAAAUUUCGAUCACAGGUCCUUAUAUCUGCUACAAGUCCUAUCUAAAUCCAGAUCGCGAAACGCAUCGUGUGAAACCAGGGCAAUCAGUCUUAGAAGAGCGUCUGAAGUUAUCAUAUUCUCAGUACACAGUGACCAGACGAUUACGAGAUUUGCGAAAAUUAGACAGAGUGACGUAUAACUAUGAACUUUUGGAUGAGCAACAAACUCGAUGGCCGUAUUACCCAAAAUGGUGGGCUGAACGCCUAGCUAAACUUCAUGUUCGUCUUCAAUCGCCGCAGACGGGUUAUCCAAUGGUUAUUCAGAAGAUUGUCGACGGGCAACCUGAUUAUAUACGCAAAGAUAUUAUUGAUUUGGUCUAUGAUAAGUGGCUAUGGCGAAAACAUGAGUUCAAGAUAAAUGACUUUGCUAGCAUGUUAAAAUACGUGUUUCUUUACCAGCAAUUGCGGAAAAAAGGAGAUUUUGACAAGUUCCAUCUCGAGAUGUCAAAAAGAAAGCCUCCAGUCAGUGGAAAUCCUCCAAUUGGUUUUGUCCGCUACGAAGACGAACUUAUCACCGUUGGAAAGCUGCUUUCCCUAGUUUUCUUGGAUCUAGAACAUGACGAAGGAAUCCUUGCAAUUAGACAUGCGAAGACGUUUACACGUUAUGCCAUAGACAACGCCGACAAAGUAAACCUUAUUAUGCCUGAUUCACUUGAAGACCUCGUAUCUCUUGAUCAUCUUAUGUCUCUUGUAGAGUUGACAGCAGCUCUACUAUUCGCGUCUAAGCCUGAAUAUUGCGAUUUUUACACUACUCUUGGAUAUCUGGUUAAUUGUUACAAGAAGUUCAACGUCAAUGUACUCUUUCCGUUCCAGUAUACCGAACAGGAAAGCGUUGACGAAUACUACAAGGAGUUCGAAGAUUUAAUUGAUCAAGCUCAACGUCUUCUCCACAGAUUAUUUGAUAUGGUUCAGAGGUAUUGGCCUCUGAUCUCCUUACCGAAAAUUACACAGGUCAUUCUUCGAUCGAUACGACUCCUGGCAUUAAUCGCGAUUAACGAGUCAAAUUUGAGGGGAAAAGUUUUUGAUUGUUUUAAGCAUCUGAGCGAACACCCUCACUCCGUGAGGUAUAAGGACUACCUGAAUGAACGAAAUGUAGAACGUCUUGCGCACAUUCUGUGCGACGACCUCAAUAAGACAAGCAGUGAUUCUUUAGUUAUUGUACAUUACGGUACUGGAUACCCCUCGAGGCAUAAUAACAGGGGUUUAAAUGUCAUAAUGCUUACAUACAAAACACCUGAGCAAUUUCAUUCCUCCCUCGAACGGAUCGCUAAUGGGAAACAGCCAGUUGCAACAUGUGAUCAAUGUCUAUCCCACAGACGCGAAUGUACUGCACUAGCAAACCCGUAA